AUUUUUACAUUCUGAAGCAUAUUUUAUUCCCAGUUACAUUUCCUCUAGAUUGUUCAUGUGUGGAUUUCUGGGGCAUUUAUAAUGUUAUAUUCCACAUCUGACCUCUCCUUCAUACUUAGGCAAUACACUCGUUCCCCUCAAAAUGCAUCUGCUCCUUCUCCGUGGCUCUUCAGUUUGUAUCAUCCUCCAUAUUUCAGGUUCCAAGCGACAGGCAUGUCUGCUCUUUUGUUGUUCUUUUCAUCUUUUUUCAACUGUCAUCCAUUUUAAAGUGUUAAUUAUCGGAGAUGAGAAACAUCACCUUUCACGGAAUUCUACUUGGGCCAUAAAAUAUUUCAUAGCUGAAAUCUUGGACAUCUGCCUGGGAUGCUUAGAAUAAGUAAACAUGCCUUGUUUCCCUUUCCCAGUUUGCGGAGAUGAACACACCGGCCUUCUUCUCAGUGACUUGGCUCGCCUGGAACAGAUGGCCAUGAACGUCAGCCUCACUAGCCGGCUGCCUGCUCCGCAUAACAUUCUGUAUGGUCUUGAAAGUCUGACUCAGGAACUCAAGCAUAUGCUUUUGCCUCAGCGGGUCACAGAGAGACUCAUUCAGUUGGCAGAAGGCAGUCUGAAUAUGCUGGUGACAGAAAUGAAUGAACUUCUGACCAGGCAAAAUGAUGGACAGUUCACGGUGAUCCAGCUGGUGGGCAUGCUCAGGGGCAUCGCCGCGGGCAUGAAGUACCUGGCCGAGAUGAACUAUGUGCCCCAGGACCUGGCUGCGUGGAACACUCAUCACCAGUAACCUGGUGUGCAAGGUGUCCGGCCUUUCCCGCUACCUCAGGGACGACACCUCAGACCCCACCUACACCAGCUCCUUGGUGAGCCCUUCUGGGUCUUCUCGGGUCAAAGCACGGCCUGAGUGACAGGUGGCUGCACACGGCAGGACAUACUGGGAGGGUCUGGGACCUGAAUGCACCUGUCCAAGCUGGGGAGCCAGGUGCUGGCUGGGCCAUUCAUCCAGGAGAAACAGCGGGAGCUGGCUGUCCAGGUAAGCAUUUGGGCACUGGCUGCAGCGGUGGGGUCAGGGUCUCCCCUGAAGCCAUGCUGCUCCCUGGCCAAUGCAAGAGGAUGUUUUGGAACAUGAUUUGGGGGAAUUCAAACGUCUGGACAGUGGCAUCAGAGACCUCCGCCAGCUGGGAGCGGCUCCGGCGUGGCUGAGCACUGGGGCGCCAGGCGGACUCCUGGCCCCUUCCUCCCCGCCACCCCGCCAGCAGGCAGCUGUGAGCGCCGCCUCUCAGGUCCGUGAUGCUCGCUCGGCCCAACCCCCGCCACAGCCCUGCAGUGCUAGUCGUCUGUUCACACCAUUCGAUUCAGAACGUUCACAGGCCCAAAAGAGCUCUGAUUCCCUGUCCAAUUCCCCCUCCCAGACUCUCCGGCUCAGUGGCUGCACGAUCCAGCUCAUGACUGAGCCUAGGAAGCAGUCCUGACUCCUCUCUGUGCCUCUCUUUCCAUGUCCAGUCCCUCAGCAGCUCCUGUUGGUUUCUAUAAACUCUGUCCUUUUCUUUCCAUGUCUACUGUGCCCCCACCUGAUUCCAAAGCAUCAUUCUCUGUCACCUGGGCUGUUACUGUUCGUAUUUAGUCUCCCUGCUCUCCUUUUGUCUUCUGAAGGCCAUUUCCAACAGUGGCCAAAGUGACUGGUCUUCCUACCCACAUCCCUGCCACCUAUAUUCCUUCAGCUUGCAGAGAUGAUAAAUGAUUAUUACAAAAAACACAGCAAUACAGAGAAGAGGAAAGGAGUAACUCAGAAACUACUGUUGCCCUGAAGCAGGGUGUGGUACACAUUCCCUAAAAGGCCAUAGAGUAAAAAUUUUAGGCUUUGCUGCCUAAGAGGCCAAAGGAGGCUAUGAUGUAGAUGAUUACAGAACCAGUUAAAAUGUAACCCUUUAAAAAAUGUGUGAACACCAUUCUUAGCCCGUGGGCUGUAGAAAACCAGAGGACCCCACCAGGUUUGGUACCCAGGCCGUGGUUUACCGAUCCCUGCAUUAAAGCAUCAAUUUCAGAGGUUAGAUGUGGCGGCUUUCAGAGUCUUCUCCUCAUUCAAAAAAUUGGAAAAUAUUUACUUUAUAAAAAUGGGAUCAUACUGUGCCUAUUACUCGGUGUCUUGUGUGUUUCUGGGGCAUCCUUCCUCCAGGUUGCUGCUCUGAAAUUUGUAAACCUGCACACUCCACCAGGGAGCUGUGGUGCCUGUCUUCCAGCAGCUCACCAGCAAUGGGAGGAAUCAAUAUUUAAAGAUUUGCUAAUCCAAAGAUGAAUACUGAUAACUCAUUUUGUUUUAAUUUGUAUUUUCAACUGACUGCCAGAGAUAGUACCAUCUUUUUACACAGUUCCUGGGAUUCAUGUUUCCUCUUUGGUUAAUUAUCUGUACAUGUCUUUAUUUUUCUAUUGGGUUAUUUUCUGCUUUCUUAGAAAUUGAUAAGAAUUAUUUCUGUAUUAGAGAUGUUAACUGUUUGCCUCCCUUAUUUGAUGCAAUGUGUUCUUCCAC